AUGAUCGAUACGUUCGGUGGCGAUGGAUCGUUCCUCGAGCGCGAAAUCCUGAACAGCUUGACGCACAGCGAUCGGGCGCGAGCGACGCAGGCGAUGAGAGAAUUGGAAUUUCUUCUUGGUUCUCAUCGCAGACACUUGAGCCUCGAUGGAACGUACCAAGACGGGAAGCAGACGAAUCGGGAGAUCGCGCGAGCGAUUCAAGAAGCGAUAGUGACGUACGGAAGUGAUGGUGACGUUGGAAAGUGGGCGCCGGCGAUCGCGUUGAUGAGCUUGGUGAAGACUUCGGCGAGAGCGCUGCCGCGCGAACGGUUCAGACAGUUGUAUACCGCGCUCAAGGAGCGAGUCAUCGCUGGCGCACGGUCGCGCAAACGAGGGAUAGAGAUCUGGACAACGCAGUUCGAAGAUCUCCCAGUGGAUGUGCUGAGCCAUAUCGUGCGACAAUGCGACAUGCGAACGCGGUCGAUGGCGGCGUGUACGUCGAGGGCGCUUCGGGAUGCCGUGUCGCGGACGCCGGUACACUGGAAGGACGCAAAACGGUUGGAGUUAUCGACAUUUCCCAGAGUGAGGUGCGCAGUGUGUCGAGAAUACAUGUGGAAUGACGAUCCUCGUUAUACGACGUGUUUCGAGAGCCGCAAUCACGAGUGGUUUACGAGCGAAAGGACUUGGAUGCGCGACUUGGAGAAGCGCAUGUCCUUGUCAGACCCGGCGGCUUCGGACUCCUCUUCAGACGAGGAUGGAUUGGGGACCAGGUUUUGGAGGUCUCCGAAGAUUGACUAG